CGCGCGCGACAACCUCACCAUCCCCAUCGUCCCUGCCCCAUCAACCGAUCGAUAUCGACAUCUAAAUCUCGAUACGCAUACGCUUUCCGAUCGUCGUCACUAAAACACCAUAUCCCAUAGCGACACGCACGCGCAACAUCCGCAAACAUGGCCAACUACCUCGCCUCCAUCUUCGGAACCGAGCAGGACAAGGUCAACUGUUCCUUUUACUACAAGAUCGGUGCCUGCCGCCACGGGGACCGCUGCUCGCGAAAACACGUCAAGCCAUCGUACUCGCAGACCAUCCUGCUGCCCAAUCUGUACCAGAACCCGGCAUACGACCCCAAGAACAAGAUGAAUGCGCAGCAGAUGCAGAUGCACUUUGAUGCCUUCUACGAAGAUAUUUGGUGUGAGCUGUGCCAGUACGGGCUGGUAGAGGAGCUCGUUGUUUGCGACAACAACAAUGACCAUCUAAUUGGCAACGUCUACGUACGUUUCAAGUACGAAGAGGACGCCCAAAAAGCCUGCGAUGCCCUUAACAGUCGUUGGUACGCCGGUCGCCCUAUCUACUGCGAACUCUCGCCCGUUACCGAUUUUCGCGAAGCAUGUUGUCGACUUAACAGCGGCGAGGGCUGUGUGCGCGGUGGCUUUUGCAAUUUCAUUCAUCGCAAAGAACCGUCUGCGGAGCUGGACAGGGAGUUGGACAUGUGCACGCGAAAGUGGCUUAAGGAGCGCGGCCGUGAUGCCAGGAGUAUGAGCAGGAGUCCUACACCGCCCGCUACUGCUGCUAAGAACAGGUUUUGAUUGGGAAGAAGAAGAGAGGCUUCUGAAGGUUGUUGAGGAGGUGGUGAUUAAGAGUGCAUAUAGGAAUUAUCAGGAGUUUCUGGCGUUAAAACAUGCCCGCGCAAUUUUCUUCGGGAUACGUUGGACUUUGAUACCAUCAGCGGGCAUUGCGUUGUUUUGGCACUCAAAAUAUGCAUAUUUGUAGUAUACGAAUUUAAUGUGGAAGAAGAGACAUGUAAUGUAUCUUUUCCAUCCACUUGCUUGUCAUUUUCAACUAUACUUAUAUCGGAUUCACAGGAAGAAGAAUCACAUAUGUACACAUG